CGCCAUCACGCAGAGGACGUGCAGCGGUUCAAAGAGGAAGGAAGAUGGCGGAUAACAAAGGCGCGGAUGAUAUGGAACCGCCGCCGUACACGGAGCCAGCGCCCUCGACCCGGGACGACGAACACGCCGAGACUAAAUGUGAAGCCGUGGCGGUGGUCGUAGAAAGCGAAGCUAAUGAAACAAAAGGGGAGAAACUGCGUGUUCCCGCUAACGAGGCGCUGACAACAACCAGCGCCACCUUCGGUGACGGCGGAGACGCUAGCAUGAGCGAUGUUAGCAGCGGCGAUGUUAGCAGCGGCAUUAGCAUCAGCAAUGUUAGCAGCGGCGAUGUUAGCAUGAGCAAUGUUAGCAGCGGCAUUAGCAUGAGCGAUGUUAGCAGCGGCAUUAGCAUCAGCAAUGUUAGCAGCGGCUUCUGCGACGCGAGCCCGACGGAUACUAACACGGAGCCACUUUCCGCCGAAGCACCAGCUCCCGCUCUGGCACCAGUACCGGUACCAGUCCCGGACUCUGUCCCAGCUUCGUCGCCCCCAGCUCCUCCAGCCCCGGCACCUCCAGCCUCGACUCCUCCAGCCACGGCUCCUCCAGCCACGGCUCCUCCAGCCUCGACUCUUCCAGCCUCGACUCCUCCAGCCAUGGCUCCUCCAGCCUCGACUCCUCCUGCCAUGGCUCCUCCAGCCUCGACUCCUCCAGCCACGGUCCCGGCCCCGGCUCCUUCAGCCACGGCUCCUCCAGCCUCGGCUCCUCCGGUCCCGGCUCCUCCAGCCGCGGCCCCGGCCGCCAGCGACGCCGUAGUCAGUGGACUCUCAUCGGACAUGUCGCCUCCUCCCACGGCUCCAACGGCUACACCGGUGCCACUUAAUUUAUUGGAUACGUGUGCUGUGUGUAAACAAAGUCUUGAGCGCCGGGAACCAAAGCUCCUGCCCUGUCUGCACUCGUUCUGCCUGAAAUGUAUCCCGCAGCCGGAGAGGCAGAUCAGCCUGCAGGUCCCCGGACCACACGGGCAAACGGACACGCAUAUCGUGAACGUGAUGCGAUGCUCGGUGUGUCUCCAGGACUACAAACAGAACGACAUCAUCAACAACUACUUCAUGAAGGAUACCUCAGAGGCCACCAGCAGCUCCAAUGAAAAGUCUGCACAGGUGUGCACAAGCUGCGAGGACAACGCUGGCACCAUUGGGUUUUGUGUGGAGUGUGGAGAAUGGCUGUGUCAGACCUGCGUGGAGGCCCACCAGCGGGUGAAGAUAACCAAAGACCACAAGAUUCGCACAAAGGAGGACGCCAACACGGGCACUGCAGAGACUGUCGCCGCUCCUGGCCCCGGGCCCGUUUUCUGUCCCAUCCACAAGCAAGAACCACUGAAGCUCUUUUGUGAGACCUGUGACACUCUGACCUGUCGGGACUGUCAGCUGCAGGAGCACAAGGAGCACAGGUACCAGUUCCUGGAGGAGGCUUUUCUCAACCACAAAGACAUCAUUGAGACCUCCGUGGGCAAACUGCAGGACAAGAAAAACUACGUCCAUUACUCGGUCUUACAGAUACAAAACAGGUUGAAAGAGCUGAACGACACCCAUAAGAAGGUGGAACACGAGAUCAAGAUCGCAGUGUUUACGCUAAUAAAUGAGAUCAACAAGAAGGGCAAGUCCUUGCUACAGCAGCUGGAGACUGUGACCAAGGAACGCAGUGCCAGGCUGAUGGCCCAGCAUAAGGAUACGGCCCAGCUGGCCCAGCAGAUCCACCACGUGCUCAACUUCUGCCGUUGGGCCAUCUCCACCGGCAGCAGCACGGCGCUGCUCUACAGCAAGCGGCCGAUCCUGUACCAGAUCCGCCAGCUCUUCAAGGCCAGAAUAGAGCAAGCGCCUCUGUCCAAUGGGGAAGUGCGAUUUUUCUGCGAUCCCACCUUCUGGGCCAAAAAUGUGGUGAAUCUAGGUAAUCUGGUCAUCGAGAAGACACCCCCGCCCCCGCAGCCGCUCACACAGCCGCCCACUUCGCCGGGCCAAGGCCAUCCUGGCAAACACCCUGGCCAGAUUAGCCUGGCGCAAUUGAACCGUAUGAACCAGUUGCGCGAGGCAGGCUUCGGCCCCAAGCCGCCGCAGCCGCCGCCACAUCAGCCGCCGCACGCGCCACCACACCCGCAGCAUCAGCAGCACCCACAGCACCCCACUCAUCAUCAUCAGCAGCAGCAGCAGCAGCAGCAGCAGCAGCAGCAGCAGCAGAUGCAACAACAGAUGCGCCUCGCGUCUCAAAUGUCCCAGCAACAUUCCAGACCGACGGUCCAGCCCAUGGUCCAGCAGCCGCCUCCCAGACUCAUCAGCAUGCAGCAGCUCCCGCGUGGGCCCAUGGCACUCAAUGGUGGACCCAUACCCCCAAUGUACUCCCCGCACCACAUGCGUCUACCCGCUCCACCGCAGGGCAGGAUGCCCUCAGCGCAGCAGCUCCGACACAACGGCCAGCAGUAUCCCAACAUGAUGCAGCCACACCUUCAGCGACAGAUGUCGUUAGAAUCUGAGAUGAGCCACCAAAGGUUUCGUUUCUUACUGCAAUCAGGGCAUUCGAACCCUGGACACGCCGGACCUUUCCCAGUGGCGUCGGGCCACAAUGCCAACCCCACCAGUCCCACCAGUGCCAGCAUGGCCGGAGCCCACAGUCACAGAGGGCCUGCCAGCCCCGCCAUCGGCCCCGCCAUCGGCCCCAUCGAGCUUAUCCCCUCCGUCACCAACCCGGAGAACCUGCCCUGCCUACCCGAGAUCCCGCCCAUUCAGCUGGAGGAUGCAGGUUCCAGCAACCUGGCCCAGCUCCUGUCUCGCUACAUCACGGCCAGCACGCAACAACAACAGCAGCAGCAGCAGCAGCAGCAGCAGCAGCAGCAGCAGUUAGGCUCACUGGACAUGAACCCCUCACCUGGACUUUCCACACACUCACCUGGAUCCUCAGGUCUUUCCAACGCACAUACGCCAGCACGACCCUCCAGCACGUCCAGCACAGGCAGCAGAGGCAGUGGUAGCUCUGCAGGGAGAACGGCGUCAGGGGCGGCGGCUGGAGUGCGGGUCAAACAGGAGCCCGGUACGGAAGACAACUAUGGCUGUCCUGGUUCGUCCAUGAAGGCGGAGCUAGACGCAAACGGCGGGAGGAGCGCCUGCAUGAUAAGCGGUGCUGAGAACACAGCCAAAGGGGGUGGCAUCAAAGCAGAGCCUCUGUCUGAGAACUCUUGUCCUGGGCUUAACCGCUGCGGUGCUGCCCCCUCAUCCUCCUCCGCUUUGUGCACACAGCUCACCAACGGCAACGCGGCCAAAAGCAAAGAGGACGACCCCAACGAGGACUGGUGCGCCGUUUGCAUCAACGGCGGCGACCUGCUGUGUUGCGACCGCUGUCCCAAAGUGUUCCACAUGAAAUGUCACGUGCCCACCAUCAAGAUCUUCCCCAAGGGGGAUUUUCUCUGCACAUUCUGCCGGAGCAUAUCGAGUCCGGAGAUAGAGUACUGUGACGACAGCAAGAGAGUCAAAAGUGAUAAAGUCCUCAAUCUCGAGGACCAGAGGCGGUGUGAGCGCCUCCUGCUGUACAUCUUCUGUCACGAGCUCAGCGUGGGCUUCAGAGAGCCCGUCCCCAGCUCUGUGCCAAACUACUACCGAAUCAUCAAGAACCCCAUGGACCUGACUAAGGUGAAGAGAAAGCUGCAGCUGCGCAGCUCCCAGGACUACAGCACCAUCCAGGAUUUUGUGUCUGACAUGCGCUUGGUCUUCAAAAACUGUGCAAAGUACAACGAGAUGUCUCGAAUAAUCCGGGUUUACGAUGACGACAAACCCAUUAAUACACAGGAGGGAUCAGAGAUGGCCAUCUCGGGCAAGGCGGUGGGCCUGUACUUUGAGGAGAAGCUGCAGGAGAUCUUCCCCGGACAGAACUUCCCCGUCACGGCUGACGACGACAUCCCCGAGACGCAGGAGCGGCAGGCGGACGAAACUGAGGACUCCGAGGACGAGUUUAUCCAGCCGCGACGCAAACGAUUGAAAACGGACGAGAAGUUGGUCCACAUCAAGUGAGGACGGACGAGGCGAGGGGGUGGAGGAAAAGAAAACUGUUUUCCUCACAUCCCCCCUUUUGUGACAAAAAGGACAAACAGCCUGGAGUGGUUUACUGGCAUUUGUAAAAAAAUACUACUAAUAAAAAAAGACUCAGCAGUUUCAUAAAGCUUUCACAACUUGGCUUGUUGGAAGAUUUGAAGUGGAUUAUUUUACAGCAACAAGGACUUCCUUCUUUUCAUCCGUACAUGACAGCAUUGGCGUCAUGACCCAGCGUGUAAGGUACAGUGUUUAGUUUUUAGGACCAGGGGGAUCCUGUGGAGUGUGUGACCUGAUGAAACAAACACCGUGUGCAUAAGAGAUGAAAAUAUUCCUGCAGUGUUCCUCAUUGGGUGCAUCCUCAAAAAAAUGCUGUUUUAAAAUAUAUUAAAAGAAAAUAUAUGUUGUGGAGUCGUAUAUAACUCAAUGUGUGCUAUGUCCAGCCAAUUGACUGGUAUUGUCUAAGAUGCUUUUCUUGAUUGUUUUCAAGCUGCUGGGCCUCCUUUGAAGUCUCCUUGGUCCCUUCCACUGUAAACUACUACUGUUAGAACAUUCAAAUGUUUUACAAGUUACAUUUUUAUCUGGUUCCUGUAUAUGACUGCCAGAUAUUUUUUUCUUUUAUUUUGCUUUCUUGUAUUCGCUGGGCUACUGAUUGUUUUCAUCUUUAAUGGCCCCUCUACAUAUGACGUGAGAAGAAACAAUACAGCACCAUA